AUGGCGGAUCUUUUAACUCCUAUGGAUGAGGCAAAAACGAUUGGCAAAAUAAGUUAUGACACCACAGGACAAUUGCUAUCAUUGAUAGGCGAACGAUCUCGCUACACCUUCGGAUGUACAGGCCUUGCGAAAAAGUACGGCCGACCUAUAGGAAAAUUUUCAUCUGUCGAUCAUCGAAUAUUGGGCAAUGAAGGAAAAAGCGGAUUAACCCCUCGAGAGUGUUGUUCAAAACCUCACGAAAGUAAAAAGGGGAGCAACUGGAAACGAGAUUUUGAUGAACUGGAAAGAUAUCAAAGAAAGAGAUUGAACGGUUUCACAGAAUUCGAUCUCCACAACAUGAAUUGCUUGGCAGCUUUGGAAACAGAUAUUUUUCUUCAUACUCUGCGGAACCCUAUUCAUCCUUGUUUCGAAAAAGGUAAAUGGGUGUCAGAAAUUGACAUGCCGAAGCAUAAGGGAGCAAUACCAAUUCUCGGGGCCAAAAAAGGUUUUUGGAUGGCUAAGAUAAUGGUGCUCUCUCACUAG